UUCGUGGUGUCACUAGCACAUCAAGGUUGGCAUCAGUUAUAGAGCCAACACGGCCAUACCUCAAUUUCAAGCAUGCAGCGACCAUCUCGGCUCCGCGUCGGGGACGUCGUGGCUUUUGUGGCUCCUGCCUCUGGCAUUGCCGUGCCUGCCGCCCAUCGUCUGGAGCAAGGAAAGCGAUACUUUGAGUCUCAAGGCUACGGGGUCAAGAUCUUUCCGUCGUGCUACCAGAACGGUCCGUAUAGUUCGUGCAGCCCGGAGGAUCGUGCGACGGACAUCAUGCAAGCGUUCCAAGACCCACAAGUGAAGGCCAUUGUGUGCACGAUCGGGGGCCUCACGUCCCACGAACUGCUGGAACACCUCGACUUCUCCAUCUUGGCAACACACCCGACCAUCUUUUGCGGGUUUUCCGACAUCACGACGUUGCAUCUGGCGUUGCAAGCGCAAGCCAACCUCGUCACGUUCUACGGCCCAAGUGUGCUGUGUCAAUUCGGCGAGUUCCCGGCGCCAUUGACCUACACAACCGACGCGUUCUUCCGUACGGUGGCGUCAUCUAACGUCGUCGGUGACGUGUUGCCGUCGUCCACCUGGUCGGACGACAAGUCCAUCAACUGGUUCACCAAGGCAGACAUGACUUCAAUUCGCCCCAUGAAACCCAACGACGCUGGCUACGAGUGGCUUCGGCCAGGCGCCGCCACCGGUUGCCUUCUUGGCGGGUGCCUCCCGGUGCUGCUCAACCUAUUCGGCACCAAGUACAUGCCGUCGCUGGUGGACUGCAUCUUGCUGGUGGAAACCCCCGAGUCUGAAGCUGCAUUUGACAAGGGAUUUUCCAUGGACAUGGCCAACCAGUGCCUCGGCGUCCUCCGCAUGAACGGCACGCUGCAGCUUCUCCGCGGCCUCGUCGUCGGUCGUGGGUUCGCCUACUCCGUCGACCAAGUGAACGAGCUGAAGGCGCUGGUGCUGCACCACACGCGGGGCACGACGUACCCGGUCGUAUACGGGGUCGACUGCGGGCACACGGACCCCGUGGCCACGUGGCCACUGGGGGGAACUGUCACGUUGGACUCCCACGCAAACCGGGUGUCGAUUGACGACGCGGGCGUGGUCGAAUAGUUAAGUGGAACAUUAUUGCAAUUCGUCAUCGUUGAAAGGCCAAGCAAUGAACUUGAAACGCUAAGGUUCACGUUAGGAAUAAUUGUAGCGACCGACAGUACUGUAUACCGCUACAGCUUACCGUGUAGCUUAUAUAGGUUUAGAUAGUCAUAUAGAUUUG